AUGAUUUCGAUUCCAACUACUCUGCCAUUCGUCGGGUUCCUGGCUGCGGUUGCCGCACUUGAAAACGUCCGCUUCGCAAAUUCUCCUGCAAAUUCGGCCAGGCUUGUUGCAGAAACUGCUAAGGCCGACGUGUGGCCAGCGUCACCGACGACUCCUCCACAACUACGCUUCGCUGCGAUACCUCUGAAGCCGCGGGAUAGCAGUCAAAAUUGCGGUUAUUUCGAGACAGGGGUCCUUGACUGCUUGCUGUUUAUAACUCGCGACUCUAUCAUCAUUACACUCGAGGCUUUCAACUGUGGCAAUAACAUGUUUACGGGUGUUCAUUACCUCGUCGACUCCUUCAGCAGCUCAACUACGAGUACUUCCUCCGGUCUAUCAUCCCCAUCGACUAUCUCGUCAGACACACCUGCCAGCACUGUUCCCUCAGAGUCAAGCACUGCUCCCUUGGACUCAAACACAGCGACCCCAGCUCCAAGCCCACAAACAGAGAACGCACCCCCUAUCGGAGCAAUCGUCGGCGGCGCAAUUGCCGGACUCGUGGUUAUCGGUCUGAUCAUCACCGCAAUCGUGUGGAUGAUACUACGCAAUCGCAGAAAGGCCAGCAAAGACGAUGAAAACAACAACAGCAACGGCGGUCCAGCCGUCCAGAACCAGCCUUACACCUACGCAACAGUGCCCGCUACAAGAGCAAUGUCAGAAUGGCAGUCCUCUACCCCGGCUCCAAUGUAUGAACCCUACAAGAGGAUCCAUCAGUCCGGCAAUUCGGGUUCGUAUCAAUAUCAGUCUACAACGCCGUCACAGCUCCCAGAUCCCACUUCGAGAUCCGGGGCGCUGACUAACAACUAUUUGUCUAACCGCGUAUCUGAGGUGCCGGCUACCAACCCGGCCGGCACGGAGAAUAAUGCCUCUGAGCUACAUUCCGACCACGUCCAGCGAACGUAA